AUGGUGGACGUGAAAUGUCUGAGUGACUAUGAAUUACAGAAUGAACUUAAUAAGCUUGGAUUUUCACCUGGCCCAAUUCUAUCUUCCACCAGAAAACUGUAUGAAAACAAGUUAAUGCAAUUGUUGGUCUCAUCUCCCUGUGCACUUAUGAUGAAUGGACCGGGAAAGCAGCACAGAACUCAAGACUAUGAAGACAGGAAAGAGCUGAGGGGCAUUAUCGUUUUGAAAGGAAAUAUCAUACUCUCAUCAGAAAAAAAGAAGGGACCCCAAAAAGCGCUGAGAUCUGGCUCCUACUCUCGCCGCCCUAUUGGAGUUCUUGGCCAAGUGUGUGAGAUGAACAGGUGGGCCUCAGGAGCACCAUACCCCAGAUUCAGAGAAUGGAAUAACACCAAAGAGAAGGCCUACUGCACAGUAAACGGGAGUGCUGGGAGCAGGAACCUAGAACGGUUUCCAGUGGGCUUGACGCUUGCAGUGUUUGGCAUCUUCAUCAUUGUGGUAUUUGUCUACAUAACCGUGGAAAAGAAGCCGCUCUUUGGUUAA